AUGGUAAAGCAUAAGGAAGGGGACGACGAUAAUAAAGGAAUUUUGGACGUUGGGAAGGAUGAAGAAAGGGAUAAGGACCUCCAGCUCUCCCAGCCCUCUAACAAAACACAGCAGCAUGCUACUAUUUCACUAUUUCAUUUAUUUCAGAAAUAUGCUGCUGCUCUAAUUAAACUAUUUAUUUUUACAGGCUCCAUCGCAAAAACUUUCUCUUUGAACGAAGCUAUUGCAGCCGAAGCGAGAAAUCAAAAUUCAAUAAAAUUACCUCGAGUACCAGAUACAUCAAUAUUUCAACCAACAAGAACAUCUCCUUCAAAGUAUAGGAAGACUUUUCUUAUAAAACCUCCAAUUAUACCCAAACUACUGAAAAGAACACAAAAUCGAUUUCCAACAAAACAAAUUAAACAAACUAAACGGGAAUUAGAUAAACAUGAGGAAUUCAAUCAAAAUUACGUGCCGUUAUUUAGGAGUCUUAGUGUUAUUCUUGACAACUUCCUCAGAACAGACUCAGAUGAAGUCAUCGUGCCAAGAAAUAAAUUUAAAAGAAAUCCAAAAACACACGACACAAACGACAUUGUUUGCAAUUGCGCCUAUAGAUCGACAACUGAAUCGCACUUAUCCAGCUCGUAUGAAGAGACAAUUAUUCCCACGUUUGUCUCCAAUGAGGUCGAGACUGGGACUAUCGCCUCUACCCCGCUUACCACCCCGAAGACCCAUCGUGCUACCGUUAAUUACAACCGCCAUCUCAGACGGAAUAAGAACAUAUCCAUAUUACCUACAAGAAAUACCUUUAGCUUUAGGAGAAACGUUAAUGGGUUCGAUGAGAGAAGUGGCUCCACAGAUAUCAGACACAAUAAACGAACUAUCACCAGGGAUAAUAGAAAUAAUGAACACAAUACCAGAAGCACACUCAUUAAAUCCCUUGCAGAAAAUAGUGAAAAGAAUACCGUCCGUGAUUCAGGAAACUGUUCAAGCCUUGAAUCCAGAGGAGGUUCACGAGCAAAGGGGCCAUAUACCCAAAAUUCAUUUGGAAAAGGAAACCAAACCGCUGAACUCCUUGACAAAUCCGUCUCAAGUAUUGAAGGAAACCUUCUUGAGCACAAAGAGCAAAAUCAACUCCCAAAUCGAGGAAUCGAAGCGGAAGGCACAGAACUUUUACCAGAAUAUGUUUCAAGAAUACAAGGAAUUGAACCCGAAAACAAAAGAGAAAUUUUACAGACAAAAGAAAAAGAUUAUGCCGCAAUCGAGCGGUAUAUCACCAGUGCUAAGCGAGUCUCUAGCCGAAAUAGCACAAAUUCCACAGAAAAUAAAAAACAUCGUGGAACAAAUGAAGCAGUAACACAACUCCCACCACGCUUAGAAAGCCCAAAUAAAGUCGUCAUGAUAUUUGAUGGAUAUAGUGUCGCUCGCGAUGUCAACGGUGAAAAUAAAAUGUCUGAAAAGGCAAUAGAAAUACGUACGUAA